AUGGCUGGCGGUGGCGGUCCUUCCUCCGGCACAGUAGAGCCUCCUCUGAGUCAGGCCUACGGCUAUGGCAUCGUCCUCGGCAUCGGCUUUCUGUUCGCCCUCGGCAUGAUCUUCACCACAUAUGUCUUGAAAAAGUACAACCAUGAGAAGCAGACUUCGGAAAUGUUCAACACGGCCGGCCGAACUGUCAAGUCUGGUCUUGUCGCUUCAGCUGUUGUUUCCAGUUGGACUUGGGCUGCUACUCUGCUUCAAUCCUCCGGUGUUGCUUACCGCUAUGGUGUCUCGGGUCCAUUUUGGUAUGCCUCUGGUGCAACAGUUCAGAUUAUUCUCUUUGCCACAAUUGCCAUCGAACUAAAGAGAAGAGCGCCCAACGCGCAUACCUUCCUUGAGGUUAUCCGAGCUCGCUAUGGCCGUAUUACCCACUGCGUAUACAUUUGCUUCUGUCUUUUCACCAACAUCCUUGUUACCGCCAUGCUUCUCACUGGUGGUUCUGCUGUGGUCACAUCUUUGACUGGUAUGCACACCGCUGCUGCUUGUUUCCUACUGCCUCUUGGUGUUGUCAUUUACACCAUGUUUGGAGGAAUCAAAGCCACGUUCCUGACUGAUUAUGUUCACACUGUUAUUAUCCUUGUGAUUAUUCUCAUCUUUGCCCUUACUGCUUAUGCAACUGGCACUGAGUUGGGAUCGCCCAGCGCAGUGUACGAUGCGCUUAGCAAAGCCGCCAAAGAUCACCCCGUCGAAGGAAACGCAGAAGGGUCAUAUCUCACCAUGAGAUCCCGCGAAGGCAUCAUCUUCUUCGUUAUUAACAUAGUAGGAAACUUCGGCACCGUUUUCUGCGAUAACGGGUAUUACAACAAGGCUAUCGCGGCUCAUCCAGUCGCCGCACUUCCUGGAUACAUCAUCGGUGGCCUUUCCUGGUUUGCCAUUCCCUGGCUCUGUGCAACUACCAUGGGUCUCAGCGCCCUAGCUCUUGAGACAAGCCCGUCAUUCCCUAGUUAUCCUAACCGAAUGGACCCUGCUGAUGUCUCGGCUGGUCUUGUCCUGCCAUACGCUGCUGUUGCUCUACUGGGCAAAUCCGGUGCUAUCAUCACCUUGAUCAUGAUUUUCAUGGCUGUUACCUCUGCUGCUUCAGCUCAGCUCAUCUCUGUUUCGUCCAUCUUCACCUACGAUAUUUACCAAACCUAUGUCAACCCCCAAGCCUCUGGUAAGAGACUUAUCGCUAUCUCGCACACGACUGUCGUUAUGUACGGUCUCAUCAUGGCUAGCUUCAGUGUCGGUCUGCACUACAUUGGUAUCUCCAUGGGCUGGCUGUAUGUUUGGAUGGGCGUCAUGAUCUCCGCAGCCGUUAUUCCAGCUACGUUGACUCUUCUGUGGAGUCGCCAGAACUGGAUCGCCGCUGCUGUCUCACCCAUUCUUGGUCUUAUCUGCGCUCUCAUCGCUUGGACUGUCACUUGCUCCAGGGAAUUUGAUGGCGUUCUUAGCGUCGACAACUUGGGCUCCAACAACCCUAUGCUCGCAGGAAACGUUGUCGCGCUCUUGAGCCCCGUGAUUUUUGUGCCAGUCUUGACUUUCGGCUUUGGCGCCGAUAAGUACGAUUGGGCUUCCAUGGCGUCUAUCAAGCAAGCAGAUGAUGCUACCGACUCUAACGGCGAUUCGGAGACAGCCGUUGCCACCAGCUUUGCUGUGGCGCCCGAAGAAGAUAUGGCCAAGUUGAACAAGGCUUCCAAGAUUGCCAAGACGAUGACGGUCUGCAUGACAGUGGCAUUACUGAUUCUCUGGCCAAUGCCUAUGUACGGAUCUGCCUAUGUGUUUUCCAAGCCCUUCUUCACUGGCUGGGUCACCGUGGGUAUCAUCUGGCUGUUCUGCAGUUCCAUUGCAGUCGGUUUGUUCCCUCUCUGGGAAGGUAGACAGAGUAUCGUUCGUGUCACAAAGGGAAUGUUUGGAAUGGGAGGAAAACAUGACACGGAAGGGAUUCAGGGACAAUCCGUGAAGGAGGAGAAGAUUGAAGAGUUUGAUAAGCAGUAG